AUGUCCUCUGAACAACCAUCACAAGCGCUACCCAGCGAACCUGAAGCCCCGAGUGAAGACCGUGAAGACCGUCAGUACAGUGAAGAUGAUUCCAAAGUCGAACGUCCCAAGUCCCUCCCCAGCGAGGUCCUCUUUGUCGCCAUCAUCUGUUCCUCGCAGCUUCUCACUCAAGCCGGUCUUGCCCUCAGCAUCGUCCCUCAACACAUCAUCGGACGCUCCUUUGACAUCGACAACCAGCCUGGCAAGCUGAGCUGGUUCUCCUCUGGAUACUCUCUCACCGUCAGCACCUUCAUCCUCAUCGCAUGCCGGUUCGGUGAUGUCUUUGGGCAUAAGCCGUUCUUCGUAGGCGGCUAUAUCUGGUUUGCCUUAUACUCUUGUCUCGCCGGUGUUGCUAUAUAUAGCGGCCCCAGCUUCUUCAUCUUUUGCCGUACCAUAUAG